AUGAAGGAGGAGGCCUUUCUCCGGCGCCGCUUCUCACUCUGCCCGCCGUCCUCCACCCCUCAGAAAGUCGACCCCCGCAAGCUCACCCGCAACCUGCUCUUCAGGGGAGAGAAUGAGCUCUACCCGCUCAGCCCAGGGAAGGACAUGGAGCCCAAUGGCAUGGCUCUGCCAAGGGACGAAGGGCCGCCAACCCCAGGCUCCGCCACCAAGGUGCCACCGGCAGAGUACAGGCUGUGCAAUGGGUCGGACAAGGAGUGUGUGUCCCCAACGGCCAAGGUCACCAAGAAGGAAACUCUCAAGGCACGGAAGGAGAACUACCGGCAGGAGAAGAAGCGUGCCACCAAGCAGCUGUUCAGCGCGCUGACCGACCCCAGUGUGGUCAUCAUGGCCGACAGCCUGAAGUCAGGCCCCCCCAUGCCCAUGGGGCCCCCUACCGCCCAUGGAGCCCACCAGCACCUGUGGGGUCCCCCUAGUGUCCAUGGAGCCCCCAAGUGCCUGUGGAGCCCCCCCAUGCCCAUGGGGCCCACUACCGCGCAUGGAGCCCACCAGCACCUGUGGGGUCCCCCUAGUGUCCAUGGAGACCCCAAGGAGGCAGCAGGUACAGAGGCCAAGGGCAGGGGCUCGGCCACCCUGCCGGGACCUGAGCUGCUGCUGGCCUCCAGCCAGAGUCUCCUGCUAAGCCGUUCCCCACGAUGGCCAGCCCUGCCCCCUCCGCCACUCCCUAUGCGGCACCAGGAGGGGGCGUUGCCUGGGCUGGACUGCUGGCUCUGUCUCGCUAGAUCCCUGACCUUGAGUGGCUCAGGUCGCUGCUGGCUGGACGCCCUGGAGCUGGCCCUGCGCUGCUCCAGCCUGCUGCGACUUAGCACCUGCAGGCAGGGCCGCAGCGGGGAGCCCGAGUCCUCGCCCGACACGUCACCCUCCUCACUCUACGUCCACACCGACCAGGACCUGUUCCCACUGAAUGGGUCGUCCCUGGGGAACCACCUGGAGAACGACGCUUUUUCCGACAAGUCAGAGAAGGAGAACGCCGAGGAGUCGGACAACGAGACCCAGGACCCCAGCCGGAAGACCACCGAGAGCGGCAGCGACCAGUCAGAACCCCGGGGCAGCCCAGUGCGCAGAGGGACCACGUACGUGGAGCAGGCCUCUGAGGAGCUGGGGGAGCUGGGCCGGGCGGCACAGGUGGAGGCAGUGUCGGAGGAGAACAAGAGCCUGGUCUGGGUCCUGCUGCGGCAGCUGCGGCCCGGCAUGGACCUGUCCCGCGUGGUGCUGCCCACCUUCGUGCUGGAGCCCCGCUCCUUCCUCAGCAAGCUGUCCGACCACUACCACCACGCCGACCUCCUCUCGCGGGCCGCGCUGGAGGGGAGCGCCUACGGCCGCAUCAAGCAGGUGCUGCGCUGGUACCUGUCGGGCUUUUACAAGAAGCCUAAGGGGAUCAAGAAGCCCUACAACCCCAUCCUAGGAGAGGUCUUCCGCUGCUGCUGGUUCCACCCUCAGACCGACAGCCACACCUUCUACGUUGCAGAGCAGGUCUCGCACCACCCGCCCGUGUCUGCCUUCCACGUCAGCAACCGGAAGGACGGCUUCUGCAUCAGCGGCAGCGUCACAGCCAAGUCCAAGUUCUAUGGGAACUCACUGUCAGCUCUGCUGGACGGCAAAGCCACGCUCACCUUUCUGAACCGAGCCGAGGAUUACACCAUCACCAUGCCCUAUGUCCACUGCAAAGCUACUUAUACCAUCUUCUCUUUGUCUCUGGUGUUCCACAACUUCACCAUAAGGCUGAAGCGGCACACGGUGCUGUUGGAAGAGCAGACGGAGCUGGAGUCUGAGCGGCUCUGGCAGCAUGUCACCAGGGCCAUCGGAGAGGGCGACCAGCACAGGGCCACACAGGAGAAGCUCACCCUGGAGGAGGCUCAGCGGCGGCGGGCCCUCGAGCGCCAGCAGACCCUCACGCCCUGGAUUCCGCGGCUGUUCCGCCUGGACCCUGCCACCCAGGAGUGGCGCUACAAACAUGAGGACCUCAGCCCCUGGGACCCAGUGAAGGACAUCACACAGUUCGAGCAAGACGGGAUCCUGCACACCCUGCGGAGGGCGGCCGUGCCCCGCCAGACCCCCUUCCUGUGCAGCCCAGGGCCCAGGCACAAGGGGCCUGGCCCCGCCCGCUGGCUCCGCAAGGCCAGUGACCAGCCAUCCGGCCACAGCCAGACCACCGAGAGCAGCGGCUCCACGCCCGAGUCCUGCCCGGAGCUCUCGGACGAGGACCGAGACCUUGUUCCAGGCUGCGGGAGCCCAUGCACGCGAUGCAGGAAGGAGGCAGGGCGGCUGCAGACGCUGCACGAGGUCGUGCUGUCUGUCCGCGAGGCUCAGCAGGAGCUGCACAGGCACCUCUCGGCCAUGCUGAACUACACCGUUCGGGCCCCACGCCUGCCGCCCCCCGGCCUCCUGCAGAACCCCCGCUCCUGGGUGCUGCUCUGCGUCUUCCUGGCCUGUCAGCUGCUCAUCAACUCUGUCCUCAAAUAA